AUGUCCCUAACCAUGCGCGCCGUCGCCCAAUUCGGCACCCCCUUCAACGUCUCCGUCAUCGACAGACCAAUGCCCACAAUCCUCAACGGCACCGACGUAAUCGUGCGCAUGAACGCCUCCGCCAUCUGCGGCAGCGACCUCCACAGCUACCGCGCUGCGUCUGGAUCCGAAGAACACCCGUACCUAUACGGACACGAGGGGAUCGGACACGUCGUCGAGGUCGGCGACUCGGUGCAGUUCCUCUCAGUCGGCGAUUACGUGGUUAUCCCGGAUAACUUUGACAAUGGGCAUUUUACCACCGAGCCGGACGUGUAUGUUCCGUCUCUGAGCUCCGGGGGUGUAGAGGGGGGUGGGGCUUUGCCGGGAUUGCAGGCCGAAUACGCCCGCAUCCCCUUCGCCGACAACUCGCUCAUCCCGGUCCCGGUAACCGAUACAACAAACACCACAACCCUAAUCGACUACCUCUUCACUUCAGACAUCUUCGCAACAGCCUGGAGCGGCGUAACCUGGUCCGGUUUCGAACCCGGCGACACCAUCGCAGUCUUCGGCGCCGGCCCCGUCGGUCUCCUCGCCGCAUACUCGGCCCUCCUACGGGGCGCAUCACGCGUCUACAGCAUCGACCGCGUGCGCAACCGUCUCUCCCUCGCGGAAUCCAUCGGCGCGAUCCCCAUAAACUUCGAGGACGCCGACCCCGUCGCGCAGAUCCUAGCCCUCGAGCCGAACGGCGUUCGGCGCGGCGUGGAAGCAGUCGGCUACGAAGCCGUUGAUGCGUCCGGCGCCAUCGAUUCGGGGAUUACCGUGCGCCAGCUGAUUAAUGUUACGGCCCCGCGCGGCGGCAUCGGUGUCGUUGGACUGUUCUCGUCCGGACAGGCGGAUAUCGACUAUGGCGCGGCGUAUGCGAAGAUGGUCUCUGUGAGCGGGGGCAUUGUGCUCCCGCUCCAGGUGGCCGGGGAGAUCGUGCCGCUUAUUAACAGCGGCCAGGCGCAUCCGGGCUUCAUUGUUACUAGUGUGAUUGGGAUUGAGGAGGCGCCGGAGUAUUAUCAACGGUUUAAUCGGACGGAGGAGAGUAAGGUUGUGAUUGGGUUUUAG